UGAACCCCCAGCAGGAAAAAGAGUGUGGACCCACUAGUACUGGCUGGGAUAUCGCUCUUCGUUUGUCAUCCUAAUUUGGGAGUUAUUUUAGAUUAAUUUCAGGAAACGUGAAUCGUUUGGGAUCAGCUGAGGAUAUCAGUAUGUUCAGAAAAGCCAAAUGGAUCCCAUAUUGAGGCAUCAUUUCCGAGCAAAACGGAGGAGGGACACCCAAUCUUGAAUAAAGUGAGUCCGGAAAAGAACUCAGCCAGAUACCCCAAGGCUGUGUAACCUUGUCUUCUUGCCACAAAGGCACCUGUGCUGGGCUGUCCCUAAGUGCUCCAUUAACACCCAGUGUGGUUAUUAGCAGCCUCCACUCUCACAUUCCUGCUCUGAGUGUGAAUACUAAAUACUGGAGCAAAGUGCCCCCAGCCUUAAUACCUGACCAAAUGACCUCCCUAAUGGCCCUAAUGACUCAUUGCCUCUCACAAUAUGGGAAUGCAGGGAAACUGUCCAUGGCCAGGAAAGCCUGGAGUGCACAGUAACUCCUUUUUUCAGCUAGGAAAAGGGUUAUUCAGACAACUUUCAACUUCAGGAGAAAGCACCUCCAUCCUCCAGCACGGAAAUCCUUCUUGCCUUUGACCUUGGCCUACAGCAUCUCAUCUCCACUGCAGAACUCUGGAUCCAGCAAGAUGCAGCACCACAGAGCGGGGCUCAAACUCUUGCACUCACUGCGAACAUCAAGGCAAACCUGGGCUAGGUUUUGCAGUGGUUUGUGCUGGAAAAAGCCAUAAACUGCUUCCUAGCGAGCACUGUUGUGUGCACUCAGUCCCUCCCUGUUGUGGAUGGAUUAAAAGUCUCACCACCACUGUUAAACAGUGCCUGGUUCACUCUCGUGCUAGGCUCAUCAUCACUGUGUGCUGGCACCUUUUACAGUGCGGUAAAACACCGUGACUAACGUCUCUCACAUGUUUGUCUUCUGUGCUUUCCCCAGAAGGGUGAGUACAAAAUGCCGUGGCCUGUGGUGGGAAUGUGUCACAAAUGUUUUUGAUGGGAUCCAAACUUGUGAUGAGUACGACUCCAUCUUCGCUGAGCACCCCGUGAAGCUGGUGCUGACCCGAGCCAUGAUGAUCACAGCAGAUAUCCUGGCAGGAUUUGGAUUUCUCUUCCUUGUCCUGGGACUGGAUUGUGUGAAAUUCCUUCCGGACGAGCCACUCAUCAAGCUGCGCAUCUGCCUGGUGUCUGGAGUUACCUUGCUCAUCGCAGGUCUCCCAGGCAUUACUGGCUCGGUGUGGUACGCCGUUGACGUCUACGUGGAGCGCUCCUCUCUGGUCUUCCACAACGUGUUUCUGGGCAUCCAGUACAAGUUUGGCUGGUCCUGCUGGCUCGGCAUGGCGGGGUCGCUUGGCUGUUUCUUGUCCGGGGCCCUGCUCACCUGCUGCAUGUACCUCUUCAGAGAGACCAGCUCUGGAAGGCUUCACCCUGCUUACUCCUUGAGGAAAGGCUAUUCCUCAGCUGGGACAGUUGUAACCAAUGUGCACCUGCCAUCCUCACAAACAGCUACUGCCAAAAUGUAUGCCGUGGAUACGAGAGUGUGAGGAGGAGGCAAAUGCACCAGAAAGAGCUCCACUCCAGUGGGUUGUGCAGGAACCUGAGCUCCUGGGGUUGUGGCAUAGAUGAAAAGUUGAAUUUUGACAAUGUACUGUGUGUUACAAUAUUUGCAUUAUGAGAGCUUCACAAAAAUUGCCUUCAAGAAAGUAAUCUCCAGGAAGACUUUGCUUUAGGGAUUCCAGUUUUCUCGAGUACUGGGGCUGCUUGCAUAAGCACAGACUAAAAUAGCCAACACAAAAUCUUCCAGCUUUUGGCUCAUCACUAUCAGCGCGAGUGAAAUAAAUCAGCUGCUCCUGGAAUCAGCCACCAGUGUUCAGUGUGAAGAUCCCCAGACUGCAAGGUGGAUCUGCUCCCUGUCUGGCAAUGUGUUGAAAGAACAUACAAAGCAGAAAAUACAUGCUUCUGUGGAGAGAGGGACUGAUCAUCUGGCAAACAUCUGGGCCCCGUGCAGCCAGCACGGGGGAUGUUGCUCCUGAAGGUAGCUGGGGAGCUCAACAGAAGAGCUGUGUUAAAUGCCUGGCCGCAUUUUUUGGCCCAUAAACCUCUGCACUGAGGAAACACUGCAAAUUCAGGUGCAUUCUUUCCUGUAAAAUACAGAUUUUCUCUAUAGGUGCUAAAAUGUACAUUAGAGAUUCACUAGAUUCACUAAGAUCUAGAAAUUGCCAGCUUCUUUCUGUUUAGUAAAAGUUUUGCCCGGACAGUGAGUGAAAAUCCAAAACCUGGCCUUGUGCAUGACAAUGAAUCUAUACCAGCUAGAAAGCAGGAUAAAGGAUAGUAAAAACUUCUGCCUCUUUCCAUCAAAGGGUAUUUAAAUCCAGUUCAGGACUGCUGUCCCCUGCUGCAAUCCAGGCUGCCUUCAGCACAUUCCCUAAGGAUGGGUGCAACAGCACCGACAGCCCUUCAAUGCCUCUGAAGGAAAAAGAACUUGAGACAUGGCUUUGUUAGGUUUGGUGGGACCUGCCCAAAUCCAGUCCUUUCUGCCAUGAGCACCACUUUAUUCAGUGAUGGGCACCAGAGAGUGAGAAAAGGCUUUCAGCACAGAGAGGUACCUGCCUGGGGUGGUGGAGAAACAUCAGGGGAGUUUCAUUAGGGGUGUGUACACCCUUGGGAACAGAGGGCCCACCAAAUGGAGGCUUCCUCCACUGACCACUUGGUGGACUGGAAGGAAAAACUCCUUCCUCUGAUACAAAGUGAAGCUUGAUGGCCACAGGCAGAUGGGAUGGAGUGGGUUGAGUCCCUCUGAGAGCCCCUAUAAUGGAAGAUGAGGGGCUUAGUCCUCUCAUGGGUUAUUCAUGGGUUAUCUUUUUUUUUUUUUUUUUUUUUUUUUUUUCCCUGGGAAAUUUUUUUAUUGUUCAGAAGAGGAGGAACAGUCGGGUAUCACCUGCUAAUACAGGUGUGCUGGCAAAUCUCAGGCCAUUGACUUCUCCUGCUCUUUUUCUGGGGUAUGCUGUAGCUGGGGAGACUUUUGGGCCUUUGUCCUGAUGGUCUUCAGUUUGCUUUAGGAUGCCAAGAAGUGUUUUGUGACUUGCAACACAUGGGUCACAACAAGCGAUCAUUCAGUAGACACUUUGGGAUUAAACGUUUAAACUCUGGUCAAGGGUAAAUAUAGAGGACUGAUCUCAUUUGUUCCUUCAGCCUUGUGCUCCUCCAGGGGUACCAAUAAGGCAUAUGCAUACCCCAAAUACUGUCUUAACUCAGGGUGCACAUUCCUCAAAUAUACACGUACACAGAGAUUGUUGCAUAAACAUUCACGAGACUUUCUUUUCUUCCGUAUAUAUGUGAAAUAAGGGUUAAUUCAAUUCUUCCUGUGCUAUACAGUAGCUUUUGAGGAUCUACAUCCUGCACAAGAGGGCUAAGAAAAGGUCACAGCAGCCCUUAGGUUUGCUGGGUUAAUGUUUUGUAACAACCAUUCCAGUGCUGCAUUGGUUCAUUCAAAUCCCGCUGACACUCCAUCUGAUGUUUUGAUCAGUUGUUAAUAUUUAAUUGUUGAUUCACUGAUUGAUUGAACUCUGAUUUCAUGACUGCAGUGUGCAGUCUUCCUUAGCUUGUCAUGAUGCCACAAUGCCAAUCUAUUUUAGUAUGGUCAUUUACUCAUUUGCAACAAAUUCCCCCAGAAAGGACAGAGGUCUUCCUUUCUGUUUCAAAAUCACAACCAGUUGCCAAGACUUGAGGCAUUGCAGCUGAGCUCAGGUAUUAAUGUGUUUCUUUAGCUCUUUCAAAUUCCUAUCUGCAUCCUACUCAGCUCACAGGAGGAGUGGGGCUGGAUAUAACAACAGACCACCCUUGCCUUCCUGACAGCCACUGGUGGCUUCACAAGACUGUUCAGCUGCACUUUCCAGCCGAGGCUCAACAUUUAAUCUUUUGGUUCCAACAGGUUUUUAGCCUUCUCCCACUUUUCACUGACUCCUAAGGAGCGUUUUUGCCCAUUGGAGCAUCUAGUCCACUUCAGUUUCAUCGUUUAGUUUCUGAGGCCGCAGACAGAGGUGGGGACUGAGCCAAGACCUCCCCUUCUUCCUCCCUGACAUCUCCUCAACAUCAGCAUCUCCUCAACCCUGGGGCUCCCCAUUGCCCUCCCUACUCACAUCACACAGUCGAACGCAGUCUGCCAGGGCUCCAGAUGGCCACAGGUUAUGGAAAUUAGUAAUGUCUUGUAGGUAAGCUCUUUGCAAAGCUGAUUUCAUACCCUACAAAUAGGUAUUGAUUUCCCAUUUUGAUCUAUGCAAGCAAGAAAUAGCCAAUAAAACAAUGACAUUUGCAGUCAUUGUCCUUCUCUGCCUGCAGCAUUUCGUCCUCUCGCCAUCUCAAUGAGCCUUGUUCACAAGGGCUCUUACCCCAGCACUAAUGAGGACUCAAUCUCCUGUCCUUGUGAACUAACAUCUCCUCAUGCAGGUACACGGAUAUGUUCCAAAAUAUGGAUUUCCCCACUUUUUGCAUGCAUUGCAAUGUGUUUUUUUUGUUUUUUUUUUUUUUUUUGUGUGUGUGUGUGUGAAUGCCAUAGAUCUGAACAAUUAUUUUCAUUACAUAAGAAUGUUACUUCAAAAAUCUGUUUUCCUUACAGAUUGCCAUAUUUUUGAGGUAAUAUAAAUGCAGUUGCCAUUGAGUGUCAGCUUCCUCUAACACCACUUCCAAGUUUCACCCAGAACGGUGUUUUGCCCUGAUUCCUGGAGGGAAAUCAUUGCUCUGUUGUAGGAAACCAGCCCCUAGGACAGUGGGGUGGAUUACAGAGGCUGCCCAGACUUUCACCAUUACCUGCAGAUUCCAGACCCCAGUGCACACCAGUAGCAGCAUCUCUUUGAGAGUUGGCAGACUUUAUCUCUCGCCACAUCUACUUCUAGUUAUUUUUUUUUAAACUUGCAAAGAGAGAAAAAUAAAAUCACACCAAGAAAACCAGGCUUUCUCUCUCAACUGGGGCUGGGACCCCACAGCUUGCUCUUCUGCAUCUUUUAACUACUGUGGGCAAGCAACUAAUGACCGAAAUAUUCUGCCCAAGCACUGCUACAGGGAGCAGAGGACAAUUUUGUCCAUGUAGCUACUGGGUUCCUGCCGUAAGAUGCCUUUGAGCAAGAAAGAAAGAGCCAGAACUUUCCUAUCUAGUGACCCAGAGAGAGAGAGAGCAUCUGCCCGCAGCCUCAUCCUCUUCCUUUCACAAAAGCCUUCAGAUGACAAUCAUAAUAAUAAUAACAAUAAAA